UAGUACAGUUAUUAUACUCAAGCCACGCUGGAAUAAUUGCUCAACUCAUCUGAAUUAUUUGUACAAUUCAAUCGUUGAAAAAAUGUGGCGCCUAACAAUUGUGUUAGCAAUUUGUAUUCAUUGCGUGUUUUCGGAUUUACAAAUAACGCCGAUAGCUGGACCUCAAGUAAAUCUGCCCGAUUCGGUUUUCUGGAGUGAUUAUGACCAGAGCUUGUACUAUGCAGAUUACUUCGCAUUUGGAAACGAGUCAUCGAUUUAUCGUUACGAUUACAACAAAGGAACAAUACAUUCAGCGUAUGUAGAUGGUAAAGAUGAAAUGCUGUACUUACUUCCCGUCAAAAGAUGUGGAGAUAUUUUGCAAUCCAUUUUGGAAUCGAUUUUGUACAAAAACAAUUUGUUCAUGGCUGGUUUCGGUCACGAUAACUAUCUGAUCCAUUGGGAUGGCUAUCAGCCAAUCGCAAAGGUGAUCAGGUCUGCGUUCAGCGUCGAAGAGAACUCUCCGUCAGCCAAAAUGGAUAUAUCAAAACCAAAUGCCAAAGGAGAAUUUUUCGGAGGAACUACUACCGACCAAUACUGCGGGGGAACAUCAAACUCAUCAGUUUACUCGUAUUCAAUAGCGAAAGGCUUGCGGAAAAUUUACACGGGAUCUCAAGCGAAUUCAGGAAUGGUCUUCAAUGGUGAUACAAUUUAUGUGACCGAUGUUUGCCUUCAAACGAUUACGGAGCUUAAAAAAGAUCGUGUUGGAAAUUAUGUGAGUCGAGUGGUCUUCGAUUUUCGUACGGAAGAUAACGCUACACGACCGAGUGGGCUUGAAAUUGAUGCUGAUGGAUAUCUUUAUGUUGUCGGUUAUGUUAACGGAAAGGUGUGGCGGAUAGACCCAAAAACAUCAACGGGUGUCGUCAUCGCAACAUUCCCCUAUUUUUUAACAGGGGUAGCUUUUGGUGGACCCAAACGAGAUAUUUUAUUUGUCGUAACUGCAUCGGCGUUAAUACAAGCAUGGCCUUUGAAGGCCUUAUAUUACAAUCCAGCACCACCACUAAUCAUGAUAACAGGCUUAGAAACGAGAGGCGUUCGAUCGGAAGACCUACAAUGUUGACGGAGGGAAUUUCAUCGAGUAUUUCCAUAUAAAAUUGCACCACUUUGAUGUGAGUGAAUGAAAGAAAAUUAAAUAAAAAAUUAAAUAAAUU